AUGUCUUGGUCUUUUCGCUUUUGUUUUAUACAGCUCAUCGCAUUGGCAGCUGUUAGUCGUGCAUCACCAACCGACAAUGAUGAGUGUAACUGUUAUCUUACCAACGGUUCCAACUCUGCAUAUUAUUCACAUCACAAAUUCUACGACUUUAGAAGUCUUGUCAAAUAUGCCCAAGUCCCAAGCCCCAUCAGGAAUUUUUCCAGAAAAACAGGCGUAACAAGCGACUACUUCAAGAGUGACACAUGGGAUAACACAUGGAGUAUACAGGACUGGAACAACCGUGGGAAAGGCGGUGUCAGUCUCUCAGGAGAUGCGACCGUCUAUAUGGCCAACUCUCCUAGCAACAUCUACAUCCAGAAAAACGGUGAUGACGAUGCUGCUUCAGACACGUUCCUCACCAUGCGAACGAUGCGAAUGCCCGGUUUCCAGAGCGCCGCCGAGUUCGAAUCAGUGUCGACGUAUCACUACGUCUCUGUGCGAAUGCUCGCUCGUGUCACCGGCGGCGCGGGUGCAUGCAUGGCUCUGUUCACAUACCUAGAGGGCGAAGAUCUGGCGGAUGUGCAAGAAGCCGACAUUGAGAUCCUGACCCGCGAUCCGAAAACCCGGAUCCAAUACACCAACCAGCCCUCGUUUACGGAUGACGGUGAUGAUAUUCCCAAGGCAACGCGUAACGGUACAUUGCCCAAGGGCUUUGGGUGGGAUGACUGGGUUGUGCACCGGCUUGACUGGACGCCUAAGCGGUCUGUGUGGUAUGUGCAAGGGGAAGAAGUGGCCAGCAUCGAAUUCCAAAAGCCAAAGGAUCCUGCACAGAUCAUUCUCAAUGCGUGGAGUGACGGUGGUUCAUGGAGCGGUAAUAUGAGUCUUGGUGAUGCAGCGUACAUGCAGAUUCAGUGGAUUGAUAUGGUGUACAAUACUACCAAGGACAGCGAGGAUAAGAGAAGUCUUGACGUUGACAUGCUGAAGAGAAGUAAUGGAAGAGAAAGUUCUCUAUUCCGUCGAGGAGACAACGACGAUGGGUGCAGGGUUGUUUGUAGUAUUGACGACGUGGACAAGGCUGGUGAGGCCAAAGUACUUUCGAAAAGUGCAGCAUCUCAUCUGCUGGUUAUGGAACAUUGGACCAAGGCCGUUGUUGUCGGAUGCGUGAUCUUGAUGGCCGUCUAG